CAUGGUCCUAUGCCGUCUGUCAUUCUGGUCUUCCCCAACACGACCGUUGGAGGCUCAUCUACUGGCACCGCUAGAGGUAGAUCUUCAUUCUGGUAUGGAUUCUUCGAUGGAGCCGUCGCUUGGCUUGAAGUCGUGCUGGCAGAUGGCAAGAUCACCAGAGCUUCGAAACAGCGAAACCCGGACCUGCUUUCGAGUAUGCUUGGGGUGUUAGGAACAAUUGGUAUCACAACUCUCUUCUGA